AGCGGCGGCAGCGACAGCGGCGGCGAAGGGCAGGUCGUCCGCUGGACGUGUGCUGCAGAAUCAGUCGAACGCCGUUCGCGCACACGAUAAGUCACGUGCUCAAAACUAGCUCCGUUCUCCGGAUAUUCCUUCUGCAACUUUUGCUGAACGUUCAACCAGCAACACAUCGCGCAACAGUGCAAAGUGCGCAGAAGCACUACAAAGACAAAGACACUGAAAAGCAAACAAACACUGUCAUAAUGGAUCACAACAUGCAACAUGCGCCGCUGCACCACUGGGGCUAUGCUGCCGGACCCGCCAUGCCCAUGGCCGGUGGACCCGGAACACCGCAAAGCCACUGGGUGCCGCCGCCGCAGAGCCACCAGAGCCAUCACAGCAACCACAGUAGCCACAGCCACAGCCACGGACACAACAGCCUCAAGAGGGCCCUCUCCGAAAGCGACUGUGACGACCUGUACUCCGAGGAGUCUUCCAAAGAACAAAUCUCACCCAGCCAAACCGGAAGCUGCCAACUAAUGAGCCGCAAAAAGCGACGUGGUGUCAUUGAGAAGAAACGCCGGGACCGCAUCAACUCUUCCCUAACCGAGUUGAAGAGAUUGGUGCCCUCUGCUUACGAGAAACAAGGAUCUGCCAAACUGGAAAAGGCUGAAAUCCUACAGCUGACAGUGGAGCACCUCAAGAAUCUGCAAUCGAAAACUCUUGAUUCGCUGAGUUACGAUCCGCAGCGCGUGGCCAUGGACUAUCAUAGUAUUGGAUUCCGGGAGUGCGCCGCCGAGGUGGCCCGCUACCUGGUGACCAUCGAGGGCAUGGAUAUCCAGGAUCCGCUGCGUCUGCGCCUGAUGUCCCACCUGCAGUACUUUGUCCAGCAGCGCGAACUCUCCGCCAAGACCUGCGUCAGUCCUGGAGGCUGGGCCCCAACUACCCCAAGCAGCGCCAGCUACCAGCCCAACUGUGGGGCCACUCCCUACCAGGGUUAUCCCAGCAAUCCAGGCUCCUAUGUCUCGAGCUAUCCUACUCUGAGUGCGUCGCCUUCCCAUCAACCUCAGUUGGCCGUGGGCAGGACCAGUGUAUCGAGGACAAGUGGGGCAGGUGUAGAUGCUAUAUCCAGCCAUGAGCUGCACGUCGAGGCCAGCAGUCAGCAACAACAACAGCAACAGCAGCAGCAACAACAACAGCAGCAACAACAACAGCAGCAGCAACAACAACAACAACAACAACAGCAGCAACAUACUCGGACCCAAACUACACCCAUUCCUGCCCAGCAGCAGCACUACACCCACGAUCACAGUGUGGUGCACCCGGAACCCCAGCAACAGAUUCCAACCUACAUCGACCUGACCAACAGCCAUCGCCCGGCAGCCGUGGGUGCGGAUAGCCUCAGUUACAGCGCAGCCUCCCAGUAUCCUGUGAGCGGGGGGCAGGACUAUAACAACUCGAGUGUCCUGCAAUAUGCCACGCCCAACGGAGCCAAGCCCUACAGGCCCUGGGGCGCGGAGAUGGCCUACUAAUCUGGAUCUCAGUCUAAAACGAAAAACACUCUACACUCUAGUCAUGCCCAGUGUUAUAGUUGUAAGGGGGAUUAGUGGGAUAGUCUAAGGGGGAUUAGCUAGUACUUCCCAUUCAAUUUAAGUCUCUUGUUUUGGGAGAAGCAUUUUGUGAGUCUAUUGUAAAUAAACACACUUGUUUGUAAUUGA